AUGUUCUCACCUCAGCGGUCGGAGAACAUCGACUCGCAAACGGAGGAGCGGGCGAAGGAGCCCCUUCAAGUCGAAACUCACGCCUGCAAGCACCCGAGAGCGGUGUCCGACGCCCUGCUGCCCAUCCACGCGUUCUCAUCCAAUCCAGUGUUCGACCUUGAUGGCUCUGUUCUAUGGGAGAUCGUCCUUCCCAUUCAACGUACCAUGUAUGAAUACGUCAGGAAGCAGGACCGGGCUUCGUACGAGCCGGUGGACGCUUGCAAGGAGGACAAAGCAUUCCCUCUAUAUUUCGCUCCGAUAAUGGUGGCCCGACCUCUGUACAACCUUCCGACGUCGCUUGGUCACACGGGCAACUGGCCUCAAGUGCUGGGAGUUUGGUAUGGGCUCAUCGGCCCAUCUGAACUUCCCGGGUUAGAGCGCCUCCAAUCGCUUGCUCCCACCCUCAAUCUUAUCGGGCUGUCCGAUCCUACGCGCCUCGAGCUUCUGAUCCAGAACCUGGAGCGCGCUCUCAAUAUCCCCACUGGUCCCGUCAUGUCGCUCGACACUGCCCUGCCAUCCUCUGCCAACCUUCCGCCGGUGUACUUUUAUGGCCAUCUCGAAUCCGACCGGGGUUCACAGGUUCCUGGCGUGCGAGGCGUCGCGCGCCUAACGUCCGACGCACCACCCCAGAUCCGCUAUACCAUCAUCAUUCGCAAAAGCGGGCAGGAUAUUGUGCGCUUUGAGGGCGUUCAGGUUGGUGGCCUGGGGUCACGUCGAGGUAUCUUGGGGGUUGCGCGUGAGCUCAAUCCAGAAGAAUUUGUCCCCCGCGCAAUCUUUGUCAAGCAGAACUUCUGGCAGCCGUGUUGGUUCGUUAAGAAGCAGCGAAGUUGA